AUUCUUCGCGUCUCUCAGUUGGAUGUGGAGAAAAAGUGAGACUUUUCCGUGCGUGUGUGACUUUUUCUAUAGAAUUUUGCCAAAUUUUCAAUUUGUGGGGGCAACUGUGGGAUGCAUAUCGGAACAUGAUGAUACUGGGAAUACUGUUAAAUUGAGGAUUUUCAUGGAAAUUGUGCGGAAAAGGUGGAAAAUCCCCAAGAAAUUUUGCCCCCUUGGCUAACGUUGAGCUUAGGGAGAUGAGAGAAAAUUUGAUUUGUGAUGAAAUUCAUUUUUGCUCCAUUGAUUUGGUGGUCUCGGGAGAAAAUGUAGGUGUUUAGAAAGAGCAAAUGACAUAGGAGAAAAUUGAUAAUUUUCCCGGGGUAAGCCUGAGCUGAAAAAGACACCAAAAACUGGGAAGGCUUCUUCCGAUGGUCCACAUGUUAAUUAUCCAUCGAAAAUAUAAACAAACUCCAUACAGAAAAAAGUGACAUUGACAGUGAAAAAGUGACAGUUGGAUUCUUAAGAUACAAUAUAUUUUUCUCAAUAUCCAAAAUAUUUACACUUUUGCUCCUGACACAAGUGUUCAAGGUGUUUCCCGGAAGGUGUGUGUGGAAGGGAUAGUGUCAGGGCUAGUGAAAGAGGGAUAGAGAAAGUGUGAGUGAAAAAUGACGGGGAGGGGUGGAAAACGUCGUGGGAGACCACCCAAAACCCCUGUGGUUGAGAGGGCGUCUAAAUUUCAGUAUCAUCUGAUGAAGAAGCCCAAGUAUCUCCUCAACAAGGGGUCGGAUUCACAGAUGAGCACCCCGUCGGCAUCGAGGGCAUCAUCGCCACAGGGAAGCGAUGGGAGUCGAAGGAGCACCUUCAGGGCAUCAGCGUCCAAGGCACGAAGGAACAGGGGAGGAGGUACUGCAGGCAGACGUGCAACUCCGUCAUCGUCGGCUUACCAAAGAAAAGGUUACGAGUCAGAGUAUCACUAUGGCUCGGACUUUGGUGAUUCCACGGACAAGAGUGAUGCUGAGGAUGAUCCUCUUCUGAUGUCACCGUCCGAGACAGACAGUCUCGAUGCUGUUGACCACGAAAGUGACAGUGAUUUCUCAUUGAGUAGCUACAGUACUAAUAGCAAUCACGUGCGACGUGGACCACGUCCACCGAGUCCUGAGCCACUUUGGCUGCAGCCACGUGAAUUGCCACCACUUGAGCUGCCACCGACAUCGGAUGAUUUGCUGGUGCCACAGCCAUAUGCACUGAGAGUAGCGUCAAUUUAUGAAGUGAUGAGACGAUUUAGGAAUCUCGUGAGAUUGUCGCCAUUUAGAAUUGAAGAUUUCUGUGCGGCACUGAUGUGUGAUGAGCAGAGCAAUUUGCUCACUGAAAUUCAUAUGAUGCUACUGAAAGCGAUUCUGCGUGAGGAAGAUUCACAGGCAACACAUUUUGGACCGUUGGAUCAGAAGGAUAGCAUCAAUAUUUCCCUCUAUUUAAUGGAUACAUUUACAUGGGCAGAAAUUUUGCGAAAAUAUUUAGAGAGCGAUGCUAAUUUUGAUAGGAAUGUUUUAAAUAUUCUAACUACGAAGGAAUAUCCAUUUUGUGGUAUUGAUGAUCGUCUGACGGUGCUGCAAUUUCUUGUAGAUCAAUUUCUCAUUACAACACCCGUAAGGGAUGACAUGCUUCAAGAGGGUCCCAUUCACUAUGAUGAUCACUGUCGCAUUUGCCAUCGUUUGGGGGAUUUGUUGUGCUGUGAAACGUGUCCGGCGGUUUUUCAUUUGGAAUGUGUUGAUCCACCCUUGGUGGAUGUACCAACGGAAGAUUGGCAAUGUAGUAUCUGCAAGACACAUAAAUUGUCUGGAGUGGUGGAUUGUGUGUCGUCACAGGAAAAGCAAGGUAUACUGUGUAGGCAGGAACAUUUUGGUUUUGAUCGUCAUGGAAGGAAAUAUUGGUUUAUUGCCCGACGGUUAUUUGUGGAGAAUGAAGAAGGUACGGAAAUUUGGUACUAUACCACGGUGAAGCAAUUUGAACGGGUUCUGGCGAGAUUGGAUGAAAAUGAAUUUGAAGUGUCACUGUGCCAUGAACUCAAUGAGAAUCGCGAGGAAAUUGUCAGACAGAUGACAUUGACGGAGAGUCUGACGAAUCAGCACAAGGGUGGCAAGAAGUCCUACUUGGAGAUUGAGAAUGCCAAUAUUGAGAAGAUGGAGAAGGAGAAUCAGGAAAAUGGACGAAAUGAGGAUGCGGAGAAGACUGAAGAGGAGAAAAUGGAUGAAGCUGAGAGUAAUCAAUCAACAGAUAUGGAUAUCGAUAAUGAAUGUACGAAUAACAAUGGCAAGGUCAAUAAGAAUAUUUUGACGAGAUCGAAGACAGGAACUGAAGUUAAAGCCACUAAACCCUUUGAUGAAUCAAUGGAUACUAGCCGAGUAACACGUCAUCGUCUAAGUCAAAUAGCUUCUGGAACGCUCUAUUUCAAACUUGGCAUGGAAAAUUCUUUCCGAACCUAUGUCAAUCAGUACACAACCAAUAUCAAUGCCCUGAAUAAACCACAGAGAAAUGAAGAACGUGAUAAGAAGAGGCAUCUUUCGCACAAAUUUUCCCUGACACAAGCGUCAGAAUUCAAGUGGAUUGGUGCUGUUAGUGCUACAGAGAUCAAUAUAAUAACAACAUUGAGAGCAACAUUUCUAGCAUUAGAACAGAAUAUAUCAGCGCCAUAUUUGCAUCCAAACUGGAUAAAUAUUCGAAAGACUUGGGUUUCGGCUGUGGCAAAUUGCAAUGCCCCCGUUGAAUUUUCACGUGCACUCAUAGUGUUGCAGGCCUGCAUGAAGAAUGUGGUGUUUGCUAAUGUCUGGCAUGAACAGCUGGGACAUCUUAAGCUCUACCGGAUAACAUCGGGAGAGCGAGAGGAGAAGAAGAAGACGGAGAAGCGUGAGAAACGGGAGAUGGCCGAUGAGGAGGAGAGAAAUCGCAUGACAUACAAUUUCGUCAAGUACUCUCUAGGCUUGAAGCAUCAAGUGUGGAAGCAAAAGGGUGAAGAGUAUCGGAUUCAUGGACAAUGGAGUUGGAUUUGGAUGUCAUACAGUCGACGUCAGGGAAGGGCGGCCAAUUGUAAAGGUAGGGAUUGCAAUGUUCCCAACAAAUUAAUGACACGGGUAAAAAUGGCUGAUGGAGAUGAGAAGAUUUUGGAAUUGGAUCCAAAAGCUCAUGAUUUUCUUGUUGGUGCUGAUCUGACAAAUCCCCUAAAUUCAUGCAUUCCCGAGGAGAUGCAAGGGGCACAAAUUGUCCCAGUUGUCAGUAACUUUGACACCAUUAAUGUUUCUCAAGCUCUUACGUCCUAUGGACGAUUGCUGUAUCCGAAAGUGGCGAAGAAAUCUCGCUUGGAUGAUCUAUUGCAGCGUCGAGUGCAAUUGAGGGAUGCAGAAGAGCGUUCGAUGACACGGGCAAAGGCCCCAAAUGAUAUGGAUAUUGAGACAACAGUGCCCAAGCAUACAAUAGCUACGCCAAAAUUGGGUAUUGUCCCGGAUUUGGGUAUUGUGAAGCAGCACAAUAGUGCAGCACAGAGAAGUGGUGGCCAGAGUGGUGGAGCCAAUGCUGAGAUGCUGAACAGUUUGUCAAAGCGAAUUGAUACCGUUCGCACUCACUAUGGUCAACUCAAUAAGGCUGCCAAGAUGUUUCAGUGCUAUGGGAAGGAAUGCAAUAGUGCUUCGAAUGUUGUACUGACAAAGCCCAACAAUUGCUACUCUCCACUGUGCCUGCAGAAGGAUCGGGUUAGGAGGGAAUUGUUAGCAUUGACAAAGAGAGCCCAUGGACAGGGUAGCAAUGCUGUGGGAAUUGGAAAGAAAUCAUCGAUUCUCGAACAGAAACUCACAGAAGGACGCUUUGAGGAGAGUUUUGAGGAAGAAGAUUUUCCCACGAUGAUCAAAAAAUCUCUUGAUACUGCUUUCCAGACGAUGCAGGAAUACAAUGAAGAAUCCAUUGAGGAGUGUAUAAAUCAGGUGGAGCCUGAACCAGAGGAACCUGUGAAGAGUGAAGAGGCCGUUAAAGUGGAAAAGAUGGAAAUUGAUCCUCCAGCAGCUGAAGUGGAAAUUCCAUCGACUCCUAAUGCCAAUGAAAAUGGUGAAUCUGAGGCAAAGAAGCCCAAAGUUGAGGAAGAAAGUGAUCAAAAUUCCAAUUCAACUGAUACAACGUCCAAAGACGACGAGAAAUCAGGAAGUGGAGAGAAAGAAGAAAGUAUCGAUGUUCCUCCAAGGAGAACACCACGUGGACGACCUCCACGUAUCAGUCGUAAUGUAACUACGACAACAACAACUACCACAACAAAAACAACAACAAAAUAUGUAGAUGGUAAUCUGUCAUGCUACCAAGCUGAAGCAACCAUCAAGACACAAACCAUUGAGAAUCAGGAGGGUAUCAAGAGCAUUACGACCAAUACGAUGAAUUCAGUGAGUGGAAAGACACAAUAUUCUGAACGGCAGAAUCGUCGUUUUGCCACAACGAAAACAGUAAAGAAGGAGGAAGUGACGAAGAUUGAGAAGGAAUAUGGUCCAAAUGGUGUUGAGAGGAUAUUCUCAACAAAGUCUUCUCGUGGCAAAAUCUACCUCAAACGCUAUGUUAGUGAAGUGACAGAGACAAAGACCAAGGUGAAGCCGACAACAAUUAAAUAUCCAAUGACGGGAAAUUUCCUCACGAAAAAAGGAACGAGAUCCAUUUUAAUACUGCCAAUGCAUGAAUUGGUGAAAUUGGCCAGAAGUGGAGGAAGGAAUCCUGUUGUAGGAUUUCAUCAAAUUACAAAAAAUAACACUUCUGUCUGGCCAUAUCCGUGCUCAAGACCUCUCUUCAGAACUUGCUGGAUCUACAGGACUAUCAAUGUAAAGACACUCAGUGCUAUAGCACUUCAGCUGAGGAUUUUGUGGACCUGCUUGCGAUGGGAUGAUAUGAUUGCAAAACCACCGACAACUGACGGAAAACAUCAGAUUACCACGGAAACUGAAAUAAUGUCGUUGGAAUUGCUAAAGCAUCGAUAUUUGGGUAAAUUUAUGGAGAGGACGCAGUAUCUGCGACGAAAGGUAGUUAUACCGCUUGAAUUGCCCAAAGCUGUCCGUGAAGUUACAUCCAUUCGGUCGGGUUUGAGGAAGCGUAAGAGAGCAGAAUCACCCCAACACACUGAACCUCAAGUCACUGAAGAGUGGGUGGAUGAGGAGAAGUUGGAACUGUGGGAGAUUAAGCAGUAUGGAGAGAAGCAAGAAAAGGCAAAUGCAUUGCCAGUGACGCGUCAAUCGACAGGAAAAUUGCCACCUGCGAGACAAUUUGAAGUGCAACAGAGUAGUAAUUCUUCUUCUUCAUCGACUGGUGGUACUAAGACAAUUAUUGUAAGUAGCAAUGCAACACCGGAGGAGAUUAAGGCCAAAAUGGAGGAGCAAUUACGCAUCCAGCGAGCAGCACAUCAUCAAAAGCGUGCAAUGGAACUCAAAGCACAAGCAAACAAAGCAAAGACGGACGAUGAGACUUCACAGAAUCCAGGGGCUAGUGUAUCAACGGGACGAGUGAUAAAGAGUCGCAAUAUUUUGGUGAAGCAGGCCGAUGGUACAACCAAGAUAAUUCAGCAGCAAAUUGUGAAGCAACCGCCUGAAACACAGAAAGUUCAGAUAAUUCGUACACCUGAUGGGAAGGUGUGCGUUAAGGGACUGAAUCCGGGUCAACAGUUGUAUCAACUGCCAGAUGGAAAGAUUCAAGUUAUCAGCAGUCCGGUUGCUAACAAUGCCAGUGGCAACAAGGGAAAGACACUCAUUGCACGAAGUAUUCAGCAGACAUCUGGGGGUGCUUCAGGUUCCUCUGGGACAGUCACGAGGCAUCAGGUGACACCUAAAGUGACUGUAGCAUCAAAAGCCAUUUCCAGUAGUCCGGCUCAGCCAAAGGCAAUUGGUCAGAAGAUUCAAGUGACGGGUAAUCAGAUAAUUAGUUCAGGUGGUGUAGUGAAGCAGGUAAUACCGGCUUCGCAGACUAGUACUGUUCAGAAGAUUCUGACCAGUGGUGGGCAGAUUGUGGGGAGUAGUUCGUCGGUACAGCAGCAGCAGCAGCAGCAGCAGCAACAGCAAUCAGGGAGUCAGCAGAAAAUUGUGACAACGUCAAAUCUGCAGCAGUUGCUGUCACAGACUGGUGGACAGAAACUGGUGCUGAGUCAGGGUCAGGGUGGUCAGAGGAUACUGAUAACUCCGGCAGGGCAGCAAAUAGCCCAGACUGCAACACCUCAGCAGCAGAUAAUUGUUCAGCAGAGUCAGACGCAGGCAGUACAGCAGCCACAGCAACAGCAGCAUAUUGUGAUCAAUCAGGGCAAGGUGCAGCAGGUGAUUGGAGGUGGGCAGCAACAGAUUAUUGUUGGUGGACAGAGAAUUCUCUUGAAUCCGGGUCAGAGGAUUGUUACGUCUCAGGGUGGGCAGCCGGUUCAACUGCAAUUGGCCACAAGUCAAGUUCAGACGACAUCGACGCAGCAGCAACAACCUGUUCUAGCUACAGCUACUGUCCAGGCCAAUUCUUCACCACAGACUGCUGUUCUAGCAUCGCCGCAGCAACAACAACAGAUUGUCAUUCAGAAUUCCAAUUUGGCACAACAAUUUGCCAGUGGAAAGCUUCAAUUGGCCACAAUCAAUGGGCAGCAGGUUCUGUUGCGUCCUCUGGCCAACAAUCAGGCACACAUUGUGGCCCAUGUGAAGCCUCAUGAAACUGCCACUUCAACUGCUCAAGUUGUUGUGGCAUCGAGUCCGCAGCAGCAACAGGUGUUGGCAUCACCAACGCAACAGAUCGCAAGUCCACCUACAACUCCUCAGAAAGCUGCCGCCCCACCUAUCUCUCCGCAGUCUCCGGCCACUUCCAGUGGGCAGCAACAGAGCAGUCCGGCAGCUGUUGUGUCACCCAAUAUUGAACAUUCUCUGCUCAAGGGACAACCUCCAGGGACGGUGAUUAAGUGUGUGACGGCUCAGGUUAUUCAGACGCCAGCUGGACCGAGGAUUGUUCUGCAGGGAUUGGCCAACAACGACUUUACGCCACAUCAAUUGUCACUGGUGCAGCAGCAAGUGAAGCAACAACUCCUAAAAGCUCAAGAAUCUAGUGGAAAGCAAGGAGUACUUGGACCAACAAAGAUAUAUCUGGCCGUUCAGCCUGCAUCCCAACAGGCACAGCCACCACCGUUGGCACCUGUUCAGAACAAGGCGGAUAUUUCGUCACAACAGCAAAGUUCAUCGGGUCAGACGACACUACAGAAGCAAUUGUCGGGUGGUGCUGGUCAAAAGAUUGUCGUCAAUGGGGCUGGAAUAAAUACGGAUUUGAAGAAGGGGAUAAUUCAGAAAGUAUUGACGGGGAAGGUUGUACUGAAAGGCCAACAGCAGGAUGCUAGCAACGAUACGGUCAAUGAUAAUGAAAAUGACGAGGGCCAAUCCACAACAGAUGCUGGCGAUGAUGGGGGUUCAUUUGUCGUCACUCCCGAUUAUAUACAGCAAACUAUUAAGAAUGCUCUGAAGCAGGAGAAUCUCAAUCCGGAAAUUGAGGAGAAACUCCUCAAUUUGCAGCGAUAUCAGGAGCGUCAAAUGAAGAGUGAUACACCCGGACAAUCCAUACAGCAUGCCAUUCGGGAUGUUUCUCCCUAUGAGGACAUUCCAUCACCUCCGCCACGGAGGAAAAGACGCUCGAGUAUGUCCCAAGAUGAUGAAGAAUGGGUAUUAGAAACUCCAAGACGUCGUCCAACGAAAAACAGUACAACUCCUGGAUCAUCAUCUUCUGAGAAGAAAUUUUCAACUGAUGGAGCUACAAUUAAUACAGGGCAUCCAGUAACGCCAUUUGUAGGGUCCAAGUUGAGGAGUCAUCUCAAUAGUGAAAAUAAGGCACCGAGUUCGGGAACGGUAACUGUAGAUAGAAGUGGCAUGAAAACGAGACCAAUUCAGAGAAGAGAAUUGGUCACAAAACGAGAAAUAGAAGUGAAGAAGAAACAACAUCAGCAGAUGCAGAUUCGUCUGUAUCGCCAAAAGGAGUUGCUGAAGAAAGAUAUUUUGAAGAAGCGUGUGCUGCUGGAAAAGGAACUUCAGAUUGAGAUUCAGAAGGAGUUGGCUGUUGAAUUGGCAGCUAGAGCCAAUCAGGAGAGGUGCAAACAGGAAGAGAGUAAACCUUCUGUUGUACCAAGUCCUGCCAAUACCUCAAAGAGAAGAUCGGCCGGAAAUGCUGCUGUUACGAAAAAGUCCAUUUCGCCAGUACCAGCACCGUCAACCACUUCGUCCAACACACCAAAUUCAUCUCAAACUCCAGGCACAAGGACAACAAAUCGGACAAGGAAGUCAACGGCAAAGAAGGCAGCAGAACAAGGGCACGGUACGGGUAGUUCAAAGAAGAAGGAGAAACUCUACUGUGUCUGUCGGACACCUUACGAUGACACAAAGUUCUAUGUGGGCUGUGAUUUGUGCAACAAUUGGUUCCAUGGCGAUUGUGUAGGAAUCAGCGAGGAGGAUUCGAAGAAACUCAAUGAAUUCAUCUGCGGUGAAUGCAAACAUGCCAGAGAUACUCAGGAAUUGUAUUGUCUCUGUAAACAACCUUAUGACGAAUCACAAUUCUACAUUUGCUGUGAUAAGUGUCAGGACUGGUUCCACGGCAGAUGCGUUGGGAUACUCCAGAGUGAGGCAGAAUUCAUUGAUGAAUAUAUCUGUCCGAAUUGCACAAAAAGUAAUGCUGUGAAUUUUGCUAAUAUGAAAACACUUACACCAACCGAGUUUGAGAAUUUGAAGAAAUUGAUGAAGCAAAUUACGACACAUAAAAAUGCUUGGCCAUUCAUGGAGCCUGUUGAUCCGCAAGAGGCUCCAGAUUAUUACAAAGUUAUUAAGGAUCCUAUGGAUCUUGUAAAAGUUGAGGAACGCAUUGAUACAAAAUGGUACACAACAUUGUCUCAAUUUAUUGCUGACAUGACGAAAAUAUUUGAUAAUUGUCGCUACUACAAUCCCAAGGAAUCACCUUUUUAUAAAUGUGCCGAAAGUUUGGAGGCAUUUUUUGUGCAGAAAAUUAAAUAUUUCCGCGAGAAUCUAGUUGAUAAGGGUGCGUAGAAACGUGUCCCAAUUACAAUCCCUUUAAUAAUUAAUAAGACAAAAAAAAAACAAAACAAAAAGAAAUAAUUGAUAAGCUAUCGAAAAGAAAUUAAGCAAUUUAAUUGAUAUUUUUCAAAAAAAAAAUGUAUAAACAAAGAAAAAAACAAAAAAAAACAAAGUAGAAUGAAGUUAAAUUUCCAAGUGAGGUACAAACUAAAAAAAAAUUACAAAUUUGAUUAAUUUUAUGUAUAAAUCCGCGAUUUUUCUCUAAAAGAAAAAAAAUAACAAAUCUUACGAUUUUUUCUUUCGGCGAAAAUAUUGAAUGAAAUGCUUGAUGUAGAAAUAUUUCUUAAGAUUAUUUGAAUAUUUUAGAAUUUUACCAAGAUUUCAUUUUUUCACUGUGAAUUUGUGAAAAAAAACACUUUUUUUAGAUAUAGACAUUACUGUAGAAUAAGUUUUGAAUUAUAUAAAUGAAUAAUUAUGGAUAUUAAAAAGGAAUUUUGUGUAAGGAAUUUUAUGAAUUCUUUUGAAUUUGAAUUGUGUAAUACAACCUGAGGAUUCUUGAGUGAAUUUUUCCUAAUUACUGUCAGAGAUAAUAAAAAAUAAUAUAGCGUUCAAGAAAA